GCCCAGCCUCGUUUCUCUUGCUGGUGGACGCUGGGGCUGACAAGAACUUGGCCGAUGGUAUGCACAAGACAGCUCUUAUGCACGCAGCCUUUGAAGGCCAUGCCGACAUUGUCCGACUUCUGCUGCAAGCGGGACAUGCAGAGAUUGCUCGCCUGCUGGUGGACGCGGGUGCUGACAUGGACCUCCAGGAUGCGCGGGAUGUAGAUGGUAAGUCUGCUUUGGUGCACGCGGCCUUUGAAGGACAUGCAGAGAUUGCCCGUCUGCUUGCGGAAGCGGGCUGGGUCCAGCAGGCAGUCGUCUUCCGAAGGUCGUGGCGGACGUGGACCACACGACAAAUCUUGGUUCUGAGCUCUUGUUUGACUCAGGCUCGCAGCGUGUUCCGCUGCAAGGGCACGGCUCCUUGCAUUGAGCUGUAUGAAGAGCCAAGCCCGAGGUGCCAAGCCGGACCAGUCGGCUUCUUUCUAUCGCUGUAA